CCAGGAGGCGCCUCCAUGCCUGUUCUGGGGAUCUCCCUUCCCCCCGUGCCGUUGGGUGUCCGUGUCCACUCGAAAGCAUUACAGUCAGGGCAACUCAGCCCUUGGAGGGCUGCCCCCAGGUCCCGCCUCCCAGGAGGUCUGUGGCGUGGCUCCUGGGGGGCUCUGUGGAGCAGUUUUAUAUUUAGCCGGGCCGUGGCUGUUGGGCCACUCGGGUUACAUCUGCACAGAAGCUGGCGGAGCCAAGGCAGGCACGGGCUCCCUUCCAGCACCGCGGCAGAAUUUGAUCUCGCCGGCCUGGCCCAGAGCACUUCGCGCGGGGAGGUGGAGAUUCUGGACGCAAAGACGCGGGAGAAGCUGUGCUUCCUGGACAAGGUGGAGCCCCAAGCCACCAUUGCCGAGAUCAAGAACCUUUUCACCAAGACCCACCCACAGUGGUACCCUGCCCGCCAGUCGCUCCGCCUGGACCCCAAGGGCAAGUCCCUGAAGGAUGAAGACAUUCUGCAGAAGCUGCCCGUGGGCACCACGGCCACUCUCUACUUCCGGGACCUGGGGGCCCAGAUCAGCUGGGUAACGGUCUUCCUGACAGAGUACGCCGGGCCCCUUUUCAUCUAUCUGCUCUUCUACUUUCGGGUGCCCUUCAUCUAUGGCCACAAAUAUGACUUCACGUCCAGUCGGCACACGGUGGUACACCUCGCCUGCAUCUGCCACUCAUUCCAUUACAUCAAGCGCCUGCUGGAGACGCUCUUCGUGCACCGCUUCUCCCACGGCACCAUGCCCUUGCGCAACAUCUUCAAGAACUGCACCUACUACUGGGGCUUCGCCGCGUGGAUGGCCUAUUACAUCAACCACCCUCUCUACACGCCCCCCACUUACGGAGCUCAGCAGGUUAAACUGGCGCUCGCCAUCUUCGUGAUCUGCCAGCUCGGCAACUUCUCCAUCCACAUGGCCCUGCGGGACCUGCGGCCAGCUGGGUCUAAGACCAGGAAGAUCCCAUACCCCACCAAGAACCCCUUCACGUGGCUCUUCCUGCUGGUGUCCUGCCCCAAUUACACCUACGAGGUGGGGUCCUGGAUUGGCUUUGCCAUCAUGACACAGUGUGUCCCAGUGGCCCUCUUCUCCCUGGUGGGCUUCACCCAGAUGACCAUCUGGGCCAAGGGCAAGCACCGCAGCUACCUGAAGGAGUUCCGAGACUACCCGCCCCUGCGCAUGCCCAUCAUCCCCUUCCUGCUCUGAAUGAAUGGCUCCCCCUCACCCAGGCUCAGCCAAGCCAGGCUCGUGUCCCCCCGCCCCAGUGUCAUUCUGGGCGAGGAGUGGGAACCACUGCUCUCCAGCGUCUGGAAUAAAACCUGCCUGCCCAGCUGGA